AUGGCUGAAGUAGUUCCAGGAACAUUUCCAGCUUCUAAACUGGGGGAGUACACCGUCACUGGCGAGAUCGCGGAAGGAACAUUCGGUAAGGUCAAGAUGGCCGUCCAUACAGUCACUGGACACAAGGUCGCCAUGAAGUUCAUAUCCAAGCAGGUCAUCGCAGCGACAAAGACAAAGACACGAGUUCAGCGUGAGGUCGAAUACAUGCGGACAUUGCGGCAUCCCCAUAUUAUUAAACUGUACGAAGUAAUUUCGACACCGACGGACAUUAUCAUCGUGCUUGAGUAUGCGGGGGGAGAGCUAUUCAAUUACAUAGUUGACCAUGGGCGCAUGCAGGAGGACGAGGCACGACGGUUCUUUCAGCAGCUGAUCUCUGGAAUCGACUACAGCCACCGCCUUAAGAUCGUACAUCGUGAUCUGAAGCCCGAGAACGUACUUCUCGACGCGGAUUUGAACGUCAAGAUCGCCGACUUUGGGUUGUCGAAUGAGAUUAAGGACGGAGACUUCUUGAAGACGAGCUGUGGAAGUCCAAAUUACGCUGCGCCAGAGGUGAUACGGGGAGGGCUUUAUACUGGCCCUGAAAUCGAUGUUUGGAGUUGUGGAGUAAUCUUGUACGUGAUGCUCUGCGGGCGGCUACCAUUCGAGGAUGAGGACGUCCAAACUCUGUUCACUAAGAUCAGCCAGGGCGUGUACCACAUGCCGGUAUUCUUAUCCCCCGAAGCCCGCACUCUUAUCAAUGGAAUGCUCGCCGUCGAUCCCGUCAAGCGUAUUACCAUACCCGAAAUUCUUCAGCACCCUUUCUUCACAACUGACCUUCCGCGCUAUCUCCAGCCAUUGCCACCACGACCAGGACCGGUCCUUGGCACGCUCUCGUCACUUGUGACGCCGCCACCCAAGGCUCUGGAUUUUGAGAUCAUCGAAGGCCUCGGGCGCAUAGAAGAGGAUGUCGUCGACGAGUUAUCGGCGCGGAUGGAUGGAGUGGAUAAAGAGGACGUGUGGGAGUCCCUGAGACGAGAUGACGGACCACAAGGGAAUGCUGUGAAAGUUGCGUAUAUGCUCCUCAGAGACAAGCGAAGGUUGGGCCGAGAUCUGGCGGAGUUUGAGGAACAGGAACGGGAUGCGCACUUGGCUGCGAUGGACCCUAGGAAUUUACUCUCCCCCAGUGCCCUGUCACCAGCAGAGCUAGAGGAGAAUCCGUUCGAAGCGGAAUUCAACGAUUUUGACGAAGACGACGUUGACGACGGGCUUGAUUUUUCCACACCCCAGAACGAAGCCGAAAUCAACAAUUUUGCCGUACUCAAUUCGUCGCUGCCCGAACAGCUACCCGAACAGCAUCAUCUCGCGUCGUAUGCUAGUGCGAAGCGUUCGUGGCCCGUCAAGGAGAAGAAACAGCACAGGACGAAGUGGCACUUUGGGAUUCGCAGUAGAUCGCCUCCGAUGGAGGUCAUGCUGGAGAUUUACAGAACACUCAAGACGCUCGGGAUGGAAUGGAAGGCGAAGAAAGACCUCGGUGGGUUGGGUGGUGUGCAGCGAAUCAGCGAGAAGGCGAAAGUCGAGCGGGCGCGCGAGUACGAUUCCCCCGGGUACGUCGACUUGCGCGCCGCAGCAUCAAUAUACUUCAUCGAGACUCGGGCGCGAGUUCAGGACGUAGUAGUGCUGAUGAAUCUGCAACUGUACAUGGUGGACUCAAUCAACUACCUCGUUGACUUCCACCACAAGAAAACAUACAAGGCGGCAACGGAGCCGGGUGUGGGGCGGUUCGACAUGGCGCACCCAGACCUCAAUUUGUCAGACACGGCGUCCCUUGAGUCAAGUCGGUCGAUGAAGGACGUCAACAUGCGAGAGGAUGAGGUAGUCUCGCCAUUUGUGUUCAUGGAUGUUGCGUGCCGGUUGAUCUUGGAGCUUGCGGGUGGUGGGGAGUAG